UAUUUGCUUUCCUCUUCAGUUUGCUUGCCAGUGUUGGAAACAUGAGUGUCUUGCUGGUGAAGAAUUUUAUCGGGGGAGUGUUUGUGGAGCCGGUGGCGUGUUUGGACAGUUUCGAGCCGGCGACUGGGAAACUGUUCGCUAGCAUACCGGACAGUUCAGCCGACUCUGUUGACUGCGCUGUUGCUGCUGCACGAAGUGCCUUUGAACAUUGGUCUUCUACGCCGAUAGCGAAAAGAGCAGAUCUUCUGCUGAAACUUGCCGAUGCCAUUGAAGAAAAUGCGGACGAAUUGGCCGAGUUGGAAUCCCGGGACCAGGGAAAGCCUCUCUGGUUGGCCAAGGCUGUGGACAUCCCGAGAGCUGUGACGAAUUUCAGGCUUUUUGCCAGGGCUGUUCCGCAUCAAACUGGAAAAUCGAAGGUCCAAGAAGAAUUCUCUGCCGUCAACUGGACUGAGCGAGAAGCUGUCGGGGUCUGCGGACUCAUCAGCCCCUGGAACCUCCCUUUGUACCUGCUCACUUUCAAAAUGGCGCCGGCCUUGAUGGCCGGCAACACAAUCGUUUGCAAGCCCAGCGAAAUGACGUCCGUGACUGCGUUCAAACUGUGUCAUUUGGUGUCACGGGUCGGGUUCCCGCCCGGGGUUGUCAACGUGGUCUUUGGCACGGGACCCGGGGUCGGGGAAAGACUCGUUUCCCAUCCAGACGUACCCGUCGUGUCAUUUACGGGUAGCACGGUGACUGGGAAACGGAUUGCGAUGGCUGCUGCUCCGUUUAUGAAGAAGCUUUCCCUCGAGAUGGGAGGAAAGAAUGCCGGGAUAAUAUUCGACGACGUGGACCUGGAAACCUCAGGCGAAGGCUCUUUGAUCUCCACGUUACUCCGAUCUUGCUUCAUAAACCAGGGCGAAGUUUGUCUCUGCACCUCGAGACUCUACGUGCAGGAAACGAUUUUCGAUGCUUUCCUACGCAAAUUUGUACCUGCUGUCCGUGAAUUGAAAGUGGGUCCGAAUGAGGUACCGGGUGUUUUCUGCGGCGCUUUGGUGAGUAAGGAACACAAGGCGAAGGUUUUGCACUACGUCGGCGUGGCGAAAAACGAAGGAGGCGUUUUGCAUUGUGGGCAUGGUGUUGACGAGCUGGUUUUGCCUGAGGGCUACGAGAACGGAUAUUACGUUCAGCCCACGGUGAUUUCCGGAUUGGACGAAACAAGUUCAUGCAUCACGGAAGAGAUCUUCGGACCUGUUGUAACGGUUUCCAAAUUCACUGACGAAGCUGACGCGAUUUCUAAAGCAAAUGCCGUGGAAUACGGCUUGUGCGCAUCCGUUUGGUCCAAAAAUGUGUCUACUUGCAUGCGAAUGUCUCGAGCCUUGAAGGUGGGCACUGUUUGGGUAAAUUGCUGGAUGGUGCGUUGCCUGGACAUGCCUUUCGGUGGAGUCAAGGCCAGUGGACGAGGCAGAGAAGGUAUCGAAGAAUCCAUGGAAUUCUACACGGAGUCCAAGACCAUUUGUCUGAAAUAUUAGCGACGACGACGCAUGGAAAUGGCGCUAGUUCUUGACAUUUUCAGAGAGAUCUGAUGUUAGUUUCCAAUCGUAAGCAGUUGAAUCUCGAUUAAUUGAUCCUCCAUAAUUCAAAUGCCUCAGUACAGUACCUCAAAAUUUGUUUUAGUAUAUUAAAAAUAGUUCAUUGAAAAAGUCCCUAAUUCAGAGGGUUUCCCUCUCGAACCUCCGUUAACUCGAAUUUUCUGAAGGUUUAUAGGAUAUUAUUUUAUUGUCACAGGAAAGAGAAAAGCAAUAGAAAUUUAAUUUGAUGUGUUUUGAAAGGAAGCGAAAGACUAAAUUGGGCAAAUUGAACCCGUGCCUCCAAGUUCAGCAUGCCGUCAACUCAUUUGAGAAGCAAUUUAAUGCCCAAAAUUUCACCAAGUACAAUGACCUGUAAUAACUUUUUUCUUUCCCGCAUCACAAAUUUUUUACUCAAUUUUUUUAGCUGGUUGCUUGAAGUUUGACUUGGAGAGGUUCAACUGUAUUGUGAUUGAUUGGUUUCCUAACGCUUUUUUCAAAGGGGUUGGGUUUCUAAUAACAAUGGGAAUUAAUAAUUGGUUGUUUUGAGAAGUGGAAGUGUUGGAUGUUGAUUUUUCAGGCAUUCCAGUAACUUCAAAUCUUGCAUCCGUAUCUUUCAAAAACCGUUCCGCGUUAUCGCUGGAGAUUGAUUCAAGUCGUGUGAUCCGCUUUUCACGGAUGUGAUGGUAUACAGCAACUGCAGUGUGAAAUUGGUUUCAGAGAAGUGCCAAUAAGUGAACUUGUGCUGUGAUGUUACUGUGUAAUUUGUGAUUGAAACUCAUGACAUUUCUUCUGUCCGCCAAAAGGAAUUGUAGAGGCAAUAUUUUGUUUACUUGAAGAGUGAUGGAAAAAUAUUCUUGACGGAAAAGUGAUUUUGAAGGCUUGAAGCCCACAAAUGCUGAUGGGAUGCCUAAUAUUUUCUCAAGCGAUUUUUAGCUGAUGCAACUUUCGAUAGAGUAUUUCGUGGACAUGCACCCCAAUUAUUUGAUGCACUUCUACGUGCGUUUCAACGCUAGGAUCGAAUAAUGCUGGAAAUGCUGAAUUUUCCACUGAUCAAUGUGCAACAUGGAAUGGUUUUUGACAGGUGAUUGAAUAUUGCCACAGGUUUUUUUUUUUUUUCGGGC